AUGUCGGACGUAGAAGAGAGCAACGCUCCCGAAGUCGCCGAGGAGGUCGAAGUCUCCGCCGAUGCCGCCUCCAAGGGUCAGAUGUCCGUCCUGGACGCCCUGAAGGGUGUGCUGAAGCUGGCGCUCAUGCACGAUGGACUUGCCCGUGGUCUGCGUGAGGCUAGCAAGGCUCUCGACCGCCGUCAGGCCCACAUGUGCGUCCUGAACGAGGCUUGCGAGGAGGACGCCUACAAGAAGCUCGUCAUUGCUCUCUGCUCUGAGCACAAGAUCCCCCUGAUCAAGGUUCCCGACGGAAAGCAGCUCGGCGAGUGGGCCGGUCUCUGCGUUCUCGACCGUGAGGGCAACGCCCGCAAGGUCGUCAACUGCUCUUGCGUCGUCGUCAAGGACUGGGGUGAGGAGUCCCAGGAGCGCUCCAUCCUCCUCAACUACUUCCAGACCGAGCAAUAA